CAUUGGAAGCCGCGGGCCUGCCCCCGCCCGGUAGCUGAAGGUGAGAGUCUCCUCCAGCCCUAGUGCCCCGACCGGACCGAGCAGCUCCCCACACCCGCAGAGUGGCUUUGGCGGAUUCCUGCUCUGUCGCGAUGGCGCCUCCGUCUUUCUUUGCCGAGGUUCCGCAGGCCCAGCCGGUUCUGGUCUUUAAGCUCACUGCCGACUUCCGGGAGGACCCAGAUCCCCGCAAGGUCAACCUGGGAGUGGGAGCGUACCGCACGGAUGAUUGCCAGCCCUGGGUUUUGCCAGUGGUGAGGAAGGUGGAGCAGAAGAUUGCCAAUGACAAUAGCCUCAACCACGAGUACCUGCCCAUCCUGGGCCUGGCCGAGUUCCGGACCCGAGCUUCUCGCCUUGCUCUUGGGGAUGACAGCCCAGCUGUCAAGGAGAAUCGGGUAGGAGGUGUGCAGUGUUUGGGGGGAACAGGUGCGCUUCGAAUCGGAGCCGACUUCUUAGCACGAUGGUACAAUGGCACAAACAACAAGGACACACCUGUCUACGUAUCCUCCCCGACCUGGGAGAAUCAUAAUGCUGUAUUUUCUGCUGCUGGUUUUAAAGACAUUCGGUCCUAUCACUACUGGGAUGCACAGAAGAGAGGACUUGACCUCCAGGGGUUCCUGAAUGAUCUGGAGAAUGCUCCCGAGUUCUCCAUCUUUGUCCUCCAUGCCUGUGCACACAACCCGACUGGGACCGACCCAACUCCCGAGCAGUGGAAGCAGAUUGCUUCUGUCAUGAAGCGCCGCUUUCUGUUCCCCUUCUUUGACUCAGCCUAUCAGGGCUUUGCAUCUGGAGACCUAGAGAAAGAUGCCUGGGCUAUUCGCUAUUUUGUGUCUGAAGGCUUCGAGCUCUUCUGUGCCCAGUCCUUCUCCAAGAACUUCGGGCUCUACAAUGAGCGAGUGGGGAAUCUGACCGUGGUUGGAAAAGAAUCUGAGAGCAUCCUGCGGGUCCUUUCCCAGAUGGAGAAGAUUGUGCGAGUUACUUGGUCUAAUCCUCCUGCCCAAGGGGCACGAAUUGUGGCCUUUACCCUCUCAGACCCUGAGCUCUUUAAAGAAUGGACAGGGAAUGUGAAGACAAUGGCUGACCGGAUUCUAACCAUGAGAUCUGAGCUCAGGGCACGAUUAGAAGCCCUCAAGACUCCUGGGACAUGGUCUCACAUCACUGAGCAGAUUGGCAUGUUCAGCUUCACUGGGUUGAACCCCAAGCAAGUUGAGUAUCUGGUCAAUGAAAAGCACAUCUAUUUGCUGCCCAGUGGUCGGAUCAACAUGUGCGGCUUGACCACCAAAAAUCUUGAUUACGUGGCCACCUCCAUCCACGAAGCAGUCACCAAAAUCCAGUGAAGAAACGCCAUCCUGUCCACACCACCAAAGCGGCUGCCUGACGUGUUCCCUGCCUGCACAAACCUAGUUGUACAUAUCCUAGAUUAGAGAUGACCAGAGGCCUGGAAGCUUCCCUGUGGUGAGGUGGCCACUGUUUAUGGUGGCCCCACAUAAAGAAGACGUCCUUUAGAAAGAGUCGGGGGUCUGUGACUAGAGCCUUCUGGAGGCCAGUACAAAUUCAGGUUUUAAUUUAAGAAUUAAAAGUACUUUGAUACAAGAUGGAUCUACCUUGCCUUCCUCGACAGAGACCCACAGGAUUGCUGCCAUAGCGUCUGUGCGUCUGUGUGCUGCUUGACUCGGAGCAAAGUCCAGUCCCAAAGAUGAAGUUGUCUGAGGAGCUGGGUGUCACUGUGGGUGUUGGCUGGGGCAUUAAAACUCAUCACUUCCACCCAGAGUCCCCUCUCCCUGCUCUUCUGCAUGAUUGUGUCCCUUGUCUGAGACUUUAGUUCUUUAGCGCAACUGUGGCAAGAACUAUUUGUGUCCCAACACAUACACGGAUACAUACUAAAUAAGUGAAAUGUUUCACAAAACAGUAUUUGCCCUUAAAAUGUAUAGUACAUUCUGGUAUUUUCUAGUUGAUUAUGUUGUGUUCUGUUUCAUCUAAAAAAUAAAAAUGCCGAUCAAAGCCCA